AUGAUCUCCUCAAAGAUUUCAUCCGCUUCUGAUAUAAAUGCUCUUAUUCCUAUAUUCGGAGCAGCCGAAGAAGCCCAAUGGGAGGGUAACUACCCGCCUCUACGCAAACAAAGCGAGACAGACUCAGACUCAUCGAAUAGUGAACUACAGUACCAACACGCCUACACAGUCAUUCAGAAGGCUCGUGACCUGGAUGCUGGGUCUGUCCCUGAUGAUCUGUUUGAAUCAAUCAGUAGUUUAGUAGAAGAGGCUGAGGCUGAGAGUGACGACGAGGAAUAA